UCUCUCAGCAGUAUUUCAGACACUUUCAUUUCUCGGUGGAAUAAUAACUAACUCAAGGAAUACCAGAAUUAUCUCAUAUUUUAAUUAAAUUAAAUCAGAAAUAAUACAAGUGGUUUUAGGAUUAGACUGCAAAAUGAACACUAACAUGGUCUUUUUUGGAUUUGUCUUCACUACUGCAAUCAUAGUGGGACAGUGUGUAUUACAAGCCAUUUCAACCAACUCAUCGCAGAGUGGUGACAGUCUGAAUCACAAUUUCAUUGGGUUUGCCUCAGCCCCUGACAAAGUGUUGGAUGGUGCAGUGGUCCGUUUGCGCUACCGGUGCUCCAGGCCAUGUCAGCUUGCAGUGGAGGUGGUGGCGUCCACAUUAAGGAAGACAGAUUUAGUGCUCUUCAGGAGGAAAUGGAUCAGUAACAGACCUCAAGCAAUCAGGAUACACCAGGUGCUGCUCAGAUUUCCUCCAUCCAUUUUAUAUCAGCGUAAUUUUUUUAACAGGCGUGUUUUGGAGGCUGAGAAUGUGAUGCUUCGUGCUUGGCUAGAGCAUCUUCAUGAUGGCUUUGAACACAGCACAAACCCCAGAUCUAUGAUAAUCUCCAAAGAGCUACAGACACUACCACUCUCAGAGCGUCCGACUAAACCUCCCACUGAGUGUCCUUCAUGGGAUGCUCAACUAAUUUGGCAGGUUAACAGAAAAAGAGUCUGUCGACAUGAAUCAGACAAAAUCGAUCUGCUGAAGUUCCCUCUGGCAAGUACUGGUGAGCACUUUGGAGUGGUCCGCAGGUUCCAGCCUUUCAUCGACAGAGACCUGGAGCGAGCCCGCCUUCAUGCUGUGACACAGCCCAGAGUCACCUUUUCUGUGUGGAUCUACCUAGUGAAAUGGUGUCACAAAAAGCUCUGUGGGAUCAUCCAUCAUGUUGAUAGGAAAAAUGCAUAUGGCUCCAUUUUGAUGCAGCUCUCAGACACAGGGAACGUCAUCAUUCAAACACGUGUGACAACUGGAGAAGAUGAAGCUUUCAGCACCAGUUUAGUGUUGCCCCUGUGGAAAUGGAUUAGAUUGGACUGUUACAUACAGGACUCAAAGGUGCUGCUGGAUAUAUCGUGGAUCGGUCAAACCCACAGAUCUAUAUAUGAAUUUCAGCACAAUAUCCACUAUGAUGACAGUGAUGGAUAUUUUGUGAUUGGAGGAGGCAAGUACCUGCCGGGCAUUCAUGGGUAUUUUGGACCUGUCAAAUACUAUCGUUUUGGAACUGAAGAGGUUGACAAUGAACUUUAUCCCAGGGCGAUGUUACAAGAUCUGGAUGAUACUCAUUGUGAGUGUCAGAAAAUAAAAGAAUUUACCACAGCUUUUCUGCAGGAAGUAACUGAGAGCGACCUCCUAUCACCAAUCAACAAAGGUUUUUGUACCCCUCACUUCAUAAGACUGCAGAGACAGUUUGAUAAGAAAAUCUGCAGACAGAUGUGGCCCGGGGAGACACAGCUGAAGUACAAAACUCUUUUCAAUUUGUUGCAAACAAAAGACGAGGAGCUAAGAACAGGAUCUUUGAGCGUGAAAAACCUCAGAAGGACUUUGUUCGAGGAGGCAGUUGGCGCAAUGUUCACAGAGUAUCAGGUGAAAAUUAAAAUCACAUCCAAAUCAGCAUCUUUGCUACGAGUAUCCUCCUGCUUUGGAAAUCACAAAGCAUCUCUGCUUUUGGCCACUAUCCAUCUUUCUGGCCUUGGACACUCAGUCGAUCAACAACAGGGACAUAUCUAUAGUUUGAUUGGAGUUGGGGAUAACCGCUUUUCCCUAAUGCAUGCAGCCUACAAGCACACGCAAGGAAUUGACGGGUUUCCAAAAGACUUUGACAUGGCCUAUUGCUACUACUCCAACGCAGGUGCACAAAGCAAUAUUGACAGCUCCAGGAUGCAUGAAAGUAAGCAAUACACACCUGAACACAUCUACCUAAGCAACAAAGAGGAUCUCAAAAGUGUGACGUAUGACAGCAGUGACUUUGUUGAAUAUCUGAAGUUUGAAGCUGAGAGGGGAGACAUAGAAUCUCAGAAACACUUGGGAACAAUGCUGUACUGGGGACAAAAUGGAGUCUCAAAAGACAUAGUGAACGCAGUCAAGUGGUUUGAGAGAAGUGCUAUGCAGAUGAGGGAUCCAUCGGCGAUGUACGACUACUCUAUUCUACUGAUGAAGGGCCAGGGAGUAAAAAGAAACUACACCCGAGGUUUUCAGCUGCUGGAGAAAGCUGCAGCAAUGGGCUCAAUUAAUGCCUUGAAUGGCUUAGGCUGGUACCAUGGGAUUAUACUGAACGACCACAAAACUGCACUGAAAUACUUUGAACAAGCAGCGCUAAAUGGAAGUGACGAUGCCUUGUUUAACCUGGGAAUUUAUCAUCUCAGUGGGAAAAACCCAAAAAGUCCACAGAAGAAUGAGAUCGCUGCAUUCCAGCACUUUCUCAAUGCAUCUAUGUUGGGUCAUGUGGCUGCGUCUGUGGAGGCAGCGUGGUACCUUUCGACAGGAAGCCUGGAAGGGGUGUCUCAGGAUGUGGAGAGGGCUGUGAUAAUGCUAAAAAAAGUCUGUGAACAGAAUGGACACCUUGGAUUUAUGAUCAGAGAGGCUCUCCAAGCCUACCUUCAGGGCUCCUGGCAAGAAGCAUUUGUCAAGUAUGUUUUGGCAGCUGAAACUGGUUUGGGUUUGGCCCAAAACAACAUAGCUUUCCUUUGUGAGGAACUGAAUCUCAGUUAUGAUUGUCAGUGGAGAUAUCAUAACUACUCUAUAUUAAACUAUGAUCCCCAUCCUUCCGCGCUGUUGAAAAUGGGAGACUACUACUACUAUUCCUCUAGCACCCAAGAAGACUCAUUAUCCUUGGUUGGUCAGGCCAUAUCGAUGUAUAGCAGAGCAGCUCUAGCAGGCAGCCCUCAGGGAAUGUUCAACUUGGUCGUGUUGGCACAACAAGGGCACAGACUUCCUCUGAGGAUGCAAAGCUUCUUUAAUGUGUCACAUCGUGAUGAGAUGGACGCUGUGGUGGAGACGAUCUUAAAAAGGUGCUUUAUUUUAAUGCAAAAUGAGGAUGAAGAGGCCGUAACGCCCUGUGCUUUAGCUCUGCUUGGAGUCCAGAUGGGGAAAGCCUUAAAAAUGACUCAGAAUGGUGCACAGCUCCUCUUGGCAUAUGCAUCACUUCUCUCUGUGUGUGUCAUUAUUGCCUAUGUGCCCUUGAAGAUGGUUUCGGUAAAACAAAGGGCUUCUCAUGGCCGUGCGGUUACACUGAGGACAAGGACAUCAUCUGUCAGCCAAGACGGUAUCAACAUGAACAGAGCGCAGAAUGGCAUUAUGGGUGGAACCUACAGAGCAGCAGGGAAUCUAUGGAUUACCAUACAGAAUGGCAACCAUUGGCACAGGCAGACCUGCGAUUUGGCCCUGACUCUUUCAGGCAUGUGCGUGUGUGCUUUCUGGACCACACUACUCUAUCAUCUCAUAUGACAUACAAUGACCAGGACAGUGAUUCAAUAGCCACAGCAAAACCUCAGACACUACAUAUUGUAAGAGCGUACAUUUAGAGGAUGAGCUAUGACACAUUAGCGUUUCAGACUCACUGUGACUCAUUUUGAGUUAUGAGACAGGAAGGAAGGAAGGAAGGAGUGAAGUGCUGAUCUGAAUGUGAGUGUGCUUCUUUAUCAGAGUGUAGAUAAUGUGUCCUCGGUAACCAUUUUUUCCAUUGUUUUGUUAGUGGAAAUAAAAUACUUAUCAUGGAUCAUUUAAUUAAUGCUGAGUCUGACCUGCAGUUUAUAUAAUCUUUGAGUAGUACUGCCAAAGAAAGUGAAGCUUCAGUUAUGUAACGUCCAGUAAGUGAAUUAGCUUAAAAAUGUCUUGAAUCACAUAGUAACUUUUUUACUCUGUAAUACCAGUGGCCCAUACCUCUGUGCUUAAGUGUUUAGCCUCAGCGAUGGAAAAAUUGUAAGAUGUUGCACCAGAUGCUAUGUUGUAAUAGAUCAACUAUUAAAUAUUAUUGGUAAUAGAACAACUAUAAUUAUUCCUGUGUUAUCAGUGACAUGUUUAUGAUAAAAUGUCUCAAGGGAGACUGGACAUGCAACGACAGCACUCCAGGCACUUAACAUUUUGUCCAAGGCCAGAGCUGUGGAAUUUCAGAAGUUAUUGAUUUAGUCUGUGACUGGGCAUGUGCGGCUGGUCAAUACUCAAGAUAAGGAACUAUCAGUUUUACCCAUCGCCAUGGGAGAUAACAACAAAAACUUUGGUGUGGAAGGAUUAAAGUAAAGGAAGACACCUUUAGAGGGGUUUAAGUCCAAAACUAAUGCGCCUCUGUGGUGCUGUUGUAAUGGUUUCCAUAAAGAUAACAUAAUGGCCAAUAUCCUUUGAGGGAUUUUGUUUCCAUGGGCGCCAACAAAUAUGAAGACUAGGCAGCGUUACUCAGUUCUUAACUGUUAUUUACAGACUGAAUGAGUGUUGUGAUGAUGUGCAGUUUGGAGCAGUGAGUGUUGUUGCCUGGUAUUCAUAGAGCUGUCAUUAGUUAAAUAAGGAGUUUUACAGUGUAAACAGCAACAUGUGGAGCUCCUUCAGUUUGAACUGAUGUCUGUAUGUAAUUUGGGAAUACAAUAAUGACCUCCCUCUUCCUUCUUCUAUCUCUGUCCCUUACAGUAUCUCGUCUGUGUCUGCUUCUUUCUUAAAAAACAAUCACCCAAACAAAAACACUUGAUGUGCGCUGUAGUAAUCUUUAGUAGACUAAGUGUUUUCUGCAUUCAGUCUACACUGUUAUGGAUGAUGGCGCUUAGACCCAAGUAUCUUCUCCAACAUUUCACAACUUUUCUUAAAAGUCAUUCUUAUCAUUUCACAGAUGUUCUUGCAAACAGUUCCUUGAGGUUUUCAUUCAUACUAAAAUAUUACAGCUGGCAUUAUAGAUCCAGGUCUUAUAUGUGAAAGUCAUCAAAUAUUUGUAUUAUGCGUUGAUGAGGUUCAUGGAUAAGUCCCGUCAGUCAAAGUUGUCAAAAUGAUACUAUUUUAAUAAGGUGAAUAGGUAUUAUACCAUUAUAAUAAAUGGGUUUCAAAGAUACAAUCUUAAUGUCCAUGUGAUUGUUUAAUCAUUUGAUAACGCUGAUUAGUGUGACCUUGAAUGUAGAGUACAACACACACUUUGACUGUCAUUACACAGUGAUAGCCUCUCAUUUGAUUGACAGCAGUCACACUGUCCAUUCUUUUCCAGUUGAAUUAAACUCUCACUGAACUUUCUGCAAUAUUUAUUUAACUAGGAGGGAGAGAAAAAUCUUAACCAGUAGGCAUUCUGGU